UGUUACUCUGUCAAUGGCAACGGCUACACUUUCAGCUACUCAGCUUCUCCCUCUGUCACUCCCUAAAACCUCUCAAAAACCCCGUCAUGCCCAUUUUCCCUUUCAAUCCCUAAACCCUAGCCCUAGACUCUUCUCCUCCAAUGGUUUCGUAUCCAACUGUAGCCCAAUACAGGCACUUCUGAACUCCACACCUAUCACCACCGAAGCUGGCUCCGAACCAGAACCCUUCACCCUCCGACAAAUUUGUCAAUCCCACGUGCCCGACCACGUGCUCUGCAGAAUGGAGGAACUGGGAUUCGUUGUACCAACGCCCGUACAAAGGCAAGCUCUGCCGACUCUGUUCUCGGGCCGCGAUUGUAUUCUUCACGCGCAGACAGGUUCUGGGAAGACGCUGACAUACCUGCUUUUGGUGUUUUCUAUUGUGAACGCUCGAAGAUCAGCUGUUCAAGCUCUCAUUGUGGUGCCCACUAGGGAGCUUGGCAUGCAAGUUACAAAGGUUGCUCGGAUGUUGGCUACGAAGCCCAAGGAAGGCGAAUUGGAGCAGAAAUCCUGUACUGUUAUGGCUCUUUUGGAUGGAGGAAUGUUGAUGAGGCACAAGAGUUGGUUAAAGGCGGAGCCCCCUACUAUGGUGGUGGCAACAAUUGGGAGUUUGUGCCAAAUGCUUGAGAAGCAUAUGAUUAAGCUUGAAGCAAUGCGAGUGCUGGUAAUUGAUGAGGUUGAUUUCAUGUUCAGUUCCAAACAAGUCAGUUCUCUUCGGAAGCUUUUGACUUCCUAUUCGUCGAUCAAUACCCGUCAGACGGUUUUUGCCAGUGCUUCCAUUCCUCAGCACAAAAUCUUUUUAGAUAAGUGUAUACAGCAGAAAUGGACCAAGAAUGAUACAAUUCAUGUCCAUGUCAAUCCAGUUGAGCCUAUGCCAUCAUGUUUACAUCAUAGAUUUGUGAUAUGCCAAAAAAAUAGAAGGCAUGAGACCUUGUUGUCCUUGUUACAGUCUGAUGCACCACAGUCUGCUAUUGUUUUUGUUGGUGAGCAGUCUGAGAAGUCAAAAAAAGCUGGAAAUGCUUCGUCAGCAACUCUAUUAAUUAAUUUCUUGAAGGCUUCAUAUGAGGGAUAUUCAGACAUCCUCCUUUUGGAAGAAGACAUGAAUUUCAAUUCACGAGCAGCUUCUCUGUCUGAAGUGAGACAAGGAGGCAGCUAUCUUCUUGUAUCAACAGAUAUAGCAGCCAGAGGGCUUGACUUGCCAGAAACUACUCAUAUAUACAACUAUGAUCUGCCAAGAACUGCUAUUGAUUAUCUUCAUCGAGCUGGAAGAACAGGUAGAAAACCGUUUUCAGACAAGAAAUGCUCUGUUACAAGCAUUAUAAUCUCAAAGGAGCGGUUUGUUUUGGAAAAAUAUGAAAACGAAUUGAUGUUUAACUGCGAAGAGCUAAUUGUGUAGAAUCAAUGUUAAUCUCAAUCUGUAUAGAAUGCCCCUUCCUUU